AUGGCGCACGAGAGCGCGACGGGCGGGCCGGGGCCGGCAAGCUCUCCGCAGCACGCGCCCUCGCCGCCGCACGCGCCGCGUGUGCCGCCAGACACUAGCUUCCAUCAGCAGAUCAUGCAGGUAUGCAACCACUGUACUAGACCAUACACAGAGAUGGCGCACGAGAGCGCGACGGGCGGGCUGGGGCCGGCGAGCUCUCCGCAGCACGCGCCCUCGCCGCCGCACGCGCCGCGUGUGCCGCCAGACACUAGCUUCCAUUAG